AUGGGAUUGGGGGGCACCUGGGCAGCACACAACUACGCGGGUCAGUCACCAUCACCACCCCACCUUUCUCGUCUUCGCCUCCAACUUCCCAUGCCAUUUGGCCAAACUCUAUCCCCCACUAGCUACAAAUCCCUUCCCCCUCUGCUCCAUCCAAUCCAAUCCGCCCCAUGCUCGCUCUCUCCUCCAGCUACCUCCCGAAACUCCAGACAGACGCAACCAACAGAGGAGAAACAAACAAAAACCGUCUCGUCUGAAAAAGGGGAACAGAGCAGACGAGCAGUACCAACACAAUGGCCAGGGCACGCCCCAACGCCAUCGCGCCGGAGCCGCCCCCGCCGCCGCCGCAGCAGCAGCAGCAGCGACGAUGACCACCACCAACACCAGCCGCGGGGCCGAUGCGGGCGGCCACCAACAACAGGACCAGGAGCGGCCGCCGGUGCUGACGGUGUGGCGCAACCGCGCAAGUCGCUACUCCUGAGCUGCUCCGGCUUCACCGUCUACGACGCGUCGGGCGCUCUCGCCUUCCGCGUCGACUGCUACGACUCCGCACGCCGGGGGCUGCGGCGGCGCGCGGCCGAGGUGGUGCUGAUGGACGUGGCCGGCACGCCGCUCCUCACCGUGCGCCGCCGCAGCCGGCUCACGAGCCUGGGCCUGGCGCCGGACCGCUGGCUCAUCUUCGACGGCGACGCCGCGGCGGGAGCGGGAUGCCGUCGGCCCAACAAGGCCAAGCCUUUCAUGUCCAUGCGCCGUGCCCGCCUCGGCAUCGGUCUCGGCCUCCUUGGGGCAUCCUCCGGCAAGGCGCCGCUGGCGUACGUGACGCCGCUGAAGGCGCAGGCCGGCGAGGCGUACGUGGUGGAGGGGUCGUACGGGGCGCGGGCCUGCGCGGUGCGGGACGCGCGCGGGGACGCCGUGGCCGAGGUGCGCCGGAAGGAGCGUGUCGGGGACGACGUGUUCCGCCUCGUGGCGGGACCACGCCUCGGCUCCCCGCUCGCCAUGGCGCUCGUCAUCGCCCUCGACGAGAUGUUCGCCGCCGGCGCGGGGUCGGGGUCGGGGUCCGGGUCGGCGCGGCGGCCGUCCCUGCUGCGCAGGACGUGGUCGGCGCGGGGUCGGGGUUAG